AUGCCCUUCUUUAUCCGCAAUAGAAAUGAUUCAAAAGAUAAAAAACAGAAGAAACGAAAGAAAAUUUUGAACAAUAAACUUUCACAACAACAUAAAUCGAAUAAAAAUUUUAAAAGCUCAAACUCCAUUGAUUCUGAGAGAAUAUCAAACAAGAAAAAUAACCUUAUCGAAGAUGAUGAAGAAAUUCCAAGUGAUACAGAUGAUGAAGUAGAAGAAGGAAAUGAGAAAGUAUCAACAAAUGGUCAUUAUAGUUUAAAUAAUCUGAUUAAUGCAGAAAAUGAUGAAGAUGAAGAAACGAACGUACAUGAACGACGUUUAAACUUAGCUAAACAAUACAUUGCUGAUAUUGAAAAACAAGAAGAAGAAAAAAAUCUUGAUCGUGAUUUAGUUUCAGAACGUUUACGUGACGAUGUGCUUGAACAAACAGGCAAAUUACAUCGACAAGUAGCAUCAACAUAUACUCAACCUGUUUUAUAUCACACAUGUCAUGGUCAUCAACAAACAGUAACAUGCGUGGCUGUAUCUUCUGACGGGAAUUACGUCUACAGUGGAUCAAAAGAUUGUAGCAUAAUCAAAUGGUGUCUGGUAACCGGUAAAAAAUUACAUCUCAUACGCCGUUUAACAAAGCCUAAGGAUGAAUCAGCUAAAAGUACUGCAACAGUAUGUGGUCAUUAUAAUCACGUAUUAUCGUUGGCAUUAUCAACAGAUGGUUUAUAUUUGGUAUCAGGUGAUAAAUCAAAUUUAAUUCAAAUAUGGAAUGGUAAUACUUGUCAACAUUUAAAAACAUUUCGAGGACAUAAAGGACCGGUGACAGGAUUAGUAUUUCGACGCAAUUCUCAUCAGUUAUUUAGUGCAUCACAUGAUCGAUCAGUUAAAGUAUGGAAUUUAGAUGAAAUGACAUAUGUUGAAACAUUAUUCGGUCAUCAAGAACCGAUUCAAGCAAUUGAUGCAUUGAUGCGUGAAAGAUGUUUAACUGCUGGUGGUCGGGAUAAUACAUUGAGAUUAUGGAAAAUUAUCGAAGAAUCACAUCUUGUUUUCAAUGGGCAUAAGGGCUCCAUCGAUUGUUUAUCAUUCAUUAAUGAAGAACAUAUGUUAUCAGGUGCUGACGAUGGAUCACUUGCAUUGUGGACAGUAAAUAAACGUCGUCCACUAUUUCACUUACCUCAUGCACACAAACCGUUGACAACAAUAGAUAUUCUCGACUCAUCCUUGCCGGAAGAAUAUUGGAUAACAGCAUUAACAGCAUUACGUUAUACAGAUUUAACUGCUACCGGUUCCUUUGAUGGAUCAAUAAAGCUUUGGAAAUGUACAGCAGAAUUUAAUCAUAUGUCCGUAUUGUUUACUAUACCACAGAUGGGUUUUGUAAAUGAUUUGAAAUUUUCAAACGACGGGCAAUAUUUAAUUGCUGCUGUUGGUCAAGAACAUCGAUCAGGAAGAUGGUGGAGUGUAAAAGGAGCAAAAAAUUCCGUCGUUAUUUAUAAAUUAGGUAAACUAACUUCUGAUACGGUCUAA